AUAUAUAAUAAUACAUCCUCAUCAAAUGCUGUUAAUUCAUUUUAGUCUCGACGAAAGAUGCGGUGGCAGCUCCGCUACUCCUCCGGCGUCGUGAUGUCCGUCGCUCACCGCCUGAAUUUCCCGACAGUAGCCUCAUCGAUCUCCCUUUUCUCUUCUUCCCGACCACCUGAACAUGAUCGAACUCGAGAACCGACUGUCUCGCCUUCCGUAUCCAACCCGGGUCCUAAAUCCCUAAUCGGAUCUCCGAGUCGGGUUCAGAAGCUCGUAGCUUCUCAAUCGGAUCCUCUCCUCGCCAAAGAGAUCUUCGACUACGCUUCCCUGCAACCCAAUUUCCGCCAUUCCCAGUCUUCUUACCUCAUCCUCAUCCUCAAGCUCGGUCGUGGCAAGUAUUUCAAUCUAAUCGAUGAUGUUCUUGCACAACUCAAGUCGAGUCGAUACCCGGUCACUGGAAAGUUGUUCACGUAUCUGAUCAAGGUUUACGCUGAAGCAAACUUACCGGAGAAGGUCUUAAGAACGUUUUACAAAAUGCUGGAAUUCAAUUUCACCCCACAGCCGAAACAUCUGAACCGAAUUCUAGAAGUUCUUGUUGAGCACCGGAGCUAUCUCCGGCAAGGUUUCGAGCUUUUCAAGAAUGCCCGGCUUCACGGAGUGUUGCCCAACACGAUAUCCUACAAUAUAAUGAUGCGUGCCUUCUGCCUGAAUGGUGACUUGAGUAUUGCUUACCAACUGUUCGGUAAAAUGCUCGGGAGAGAUGUUGUUCCUGACGUUGAAUCUUAUAGGAUUCUGAUACAAGGGUUUUGCAGGAAGGGACAGGCUAAUGGUGCCAUGGAGUUGUUGGAGGAUAUGUUGAAUAAAGGGUUCGUGCCCGACAGGUUGAGUUACACAUCGUUGUUGAACAGUUUGUGUAGGAAGAAACAGCUUCGAGAGGCGUACAAGCUACUCUGUAGGAUGAAGUUCAAAGGAUGUAGUCCCGAUAUAGUUCAUUACAACACUAUAAUUCUAGGUUUUUGCAGAGAAGGUCGUGCCAUUGAUACCCUGAAGGUUCUUGAUGAUAUGUCAGCUAAUCGGUGCUUGCCCAACUUGGUGUCGUAUAGGAUGCUGGUUUGGGGAUUGUGUAGUCAGGGGAUGUUUGAUGAAGCCAAGAAAUACUUAGAAGAGAUGAUAUCAAAAGGGCUUUCUCCUCAUUUCUCGGUCUCUCACUGUUUGGUUAAUGGGUUUUGCAGUAUUGGAAAAUUAGAAGAAGCGUGUGAUGUGGUAGAAACUGUCAUGAAGAACGGGGAAGGGUUACAUUCGGAGUCUUGGUUGAUGAUUAUUCCUAUCGUCUGCAAAGAGGAUGAACCAGAGAAAAUCGAGAAGUUUCUAGAAGAGAUUAUGAAGGUGGAGAUAACGGGUGAUACGAGACUCGUUGAUGCGGGGAUUGGGUUGGGAACUUACCUUUCUGGGAAGCUACAGUCAAAACAUACACAUUUUGGACAGAAGGGAUCUGUAUAAUAAGCUUGCUUACUUGAGAAA